UGCCUUCCCUUCACGGUGAGAGAGAUUACAACCAGCCAGGACGGCCUCAGCACUUACAAAUUCAACUGACAGGCUGAGGACAGAAACAAAUCUGACUGUUUUGGGACAUCGGGUCCACGGAGCUCAAACCAGAGCCGAAGCAAAAGGGACGGCACCAAGAAGAAUGACACUGGGACAAACAGAUGCCAUAGUGCAGGAGAGACAGGUGACAACUGGAGAAUGGCCGGCUGCUGUCCUUCCCCAAGAGCCUUCCAUUACAGCCCAAAAGUGCCUCCCAGAGCAAGAUUCUGCUGCUGAAGUGGACUCCAGAUCAGCUGAGAACCCAGAAGAAGCAGAGGACAAUGAGGAGUUCCUAGAGAAGCUCAUGUCCAUUACCUCAGACAGUUUACCUCAGCUGGAGAUCGAGGAGAGGUACAGCGUCACUAAGGAACUAGGGAGUGGCUCUUAUGGACACGUUCUAGAGGUUCAGCAUCGUGAGAGAGGGACCUCAAUGGCGUUGAAGAUAAUGUUGAAGGAGCGCACAGGGAGACGGGAGUUUCUGCGGGAAUACUGUAUCUCUCUCUGUCUUUCCUCACACCAGAAUCUUGUUCGGUCCACUGGCAGUGCUUUUGAGACAUCCACACAUUAUGGAUUUGCACAAGAGCUGGCACCAGCUGGGGACCUCUGCUCUAUUCUGAAUUCAGGGGAGGGCCUUCCUGAAGCACAGGUGAAGCGCUGUGCAGCCCAGUUGGCUGAAGCUUUGGAUUUCAUGCAUGGCAAGGCUUUAGUGCACAGGGAUAUAAAGCUGGACAACGUGUUGCUUUUUGAUAGAGAGUGUCAUCGUGUGAAGCUGGCUGACUUCGGUUUGACACGGCUGGAGGGCACAAAAGUUGCUGCCAUGUCUGGCACCUUGCCCUAUUCCCCGCCUGAGCUAUGCCUGCUCGAGGGCACAGAAACUCUAUCUUUGGACCCCAGCCUGGAUGUCUGGGCCUUUGGGGUGCUGCUCUUCUGCCUCUGCACUGGCUGUUUCCCUUGGGAUGUAGCAAUGAGCCCCGACCCUCAGUUUGAGGAAUUUGGCAUCUGGCAGAAUCGCACAGUGCCAGGAGAGACACCAGGCCUGUGGAAAGGAUUCACGACUCAUCUCUUGGGGAUGUUCUGCCGCUUAAUGACCAUUGAUCCUGAUCGUCGCAGUCCUGCUAUUGAAGUACACAAAUAUUUACGUCUGCCUUGGCGGGUGAACACAAAUGGGGGUACACAGAUUCCCCAAACUGAUGCUCUCAAAGGAGGAGAUGCAGAUGGCUUCUCCAAUAACCCAUCCAAGGACAGUAUUGACCUGGGCAGCAGCUCCAAGGGGAAUUGUAUUGGGCAAAUACAGCCGGACCUGAUUAUCCCAGAGAAAACACGCACCAUACAAAUGGGUACUAGUUCUGGAAACAAUUCUAGUCCCCAGACUGGCUCAAGACUAACUGAGCCUGGGCUUCAGCCCUGAAGAAAGCUUUGGAUGACAAUGCAACCCCCCUCCAUGAACACCUCAGAGGCAGUUGACAGGCCCAUGUUCAAGCAUGAGGACUUAGCAGUAGUUUGACUAACUAAGGAGAAGCUUCCAGACACUGAGAGAAGUAAUGUCACCUUCCCACUUUAUCUGUUGGUUAGAGUAGUACUAGCCACUCAGUAGAAAUCGUUUUGCUCUGUGGGCAGACGGCUGGUGUUGGUUGGUAGUGGUAGAAAUAUGACAAUUUUGGGGAUGUCAGUCUGCUUAUUUCAUUUUCACCUAACCAAGAGCAAAUAAUUUGAAAAGCUUUUUGCCUCUUCUGGGCAAGAUUAUGUGAAUUUUUGCACAUUUUGAUGAUUUUUCAGACAUUUCCAGACUUUUCUGUAUGUGCAAAAAAAUCAUUUGCACAUAGUGUUUUUUAUGGAGUAGACAGUAUUAUCAGGUCACUGAAAUCCAGUGUUUUCUGUGUGCGGUCUGCCCCCUAUAUCCACAGAUUCUGCAUCCAUAGAUUCAGCCAUCCAUUACUUGAAAAUAUAUUUAGGAAACCUUGAUUUUGCCAUUUUAUAUAAAGAUCUGCCUUGUAUUACAUCACUGUAUUUAACAGGACCCAAGCAUCCACCGCUUUGGGGAUCCAAACCACAGCAGACACCAAGAGCCCACUGCAUUGUUUUUCUAAAGUUUCCAAAGUCACAUAGGCUUAUAUGUAUGUUAGCCACAUUGUUCCCUAAACUUUACCUCCAGGGCCAGUGUGCUCUUAAUCUACAAAGUAAGUGUCAACCAAGUAAGCAACUUAUUUUUUUUCUCAAGUAGUUGUCCUUUAUCCCUAAAUCACCAGGCAGAAUGAUGCAACAAGAGAUUAUGGGCAGUGAAAUUCCUUUGUUAUUUUGAUGUUUGUUUAUUGGUUAAGGCCUACAGCAUAACUGGUCUGAACGAUAAUGGAGCCACGUCCAAUCUUUAUACAUCAGUGGUACUCAAAGUUAUCGUUUGUCGACUUCCCUGCUUUGUGAGCUCUUAAUUGCUGAUCCACAGCAAGUUUCCAGAGUGAAAAAAACAACAUACACAGGUAGUCAAUGGAAACAAAUAUGGUGCCAUUUCUUGGCACAUUGUGGAAAAAACCCUGCUAGCCUCCAUAUCAGUUAGCUUAAGAAGCACUGUGCAGUUUUAAUGAAUAGGAAACCAUAAAGUAGCCAAAAUGUGUGAGCAGGAAACCUUUAAACUUUCAACAAAUCUUUUUUAUAAAUAAAGGGACUUCCUUGCGAGUAAAUAUUAUAGAAAGAUGCUGAAAAUUGUGUGAAGUUUUUUUAAACGUAUCACAUAGUGCUAAUAAAGUGCAAUUGAAACUUUGUUUGAAUGCUGCUUCCUGUUUUGAAGUUCUGAGGUUUGCAAUAAAAAGAAGAUACACAAAUCUUGGUCAGUAUAAUAAAAUAUUGAUUUGUGAAAUAAAGUACCAUGCAGGAUAUUGUAUGUAUAUUAAUGUUAUUGUAUUAUUGACUGAAUUUCUAUAAUAAAUUUUUAGCAACAAAA